CAAAGCUAUAUAAAAGCCACGGUACGGGCGAGCUCAGAAUACUUCGUCUGAACGCUCGCCAGUCACAGACAUCAAAAUCACAACAUCUCUACGAGAAACGGAAACAGAAGCCAUGAUGGACGCCAGACUGUGUUUGCUGCUGACGGUACUUGUGCAGGGGGCUCUCUCGGCCCAGGCGGAACCAGCGGUGGCCUGUAACAAUGUCACCGGGGCGAGCGACGUCUGCUACUGCUCCGCCUUCGGUCGGGACAGGGAGGUCGCCUGCGACGGCAGGGAACUAACAGAACUACCGACGGGGAUUCCGCUUGAUACCGCCAAACUUCAACUCACCAACAACAGGCUGACGUCACUUCCGGCGCAAGUUUUCUCCCCCUACCGCCAGCUGACCGACCUCCAGAUAAACAGAAAUCGGCUUUCAACGGUCGAAGUCGGCGCUUUCGACGGUCUGAAUCUACUGGACAACCUUCGGUUGGACAGAAAUGAGCUUGAAACUCUGGAAGUUGGAACUUUUCGAAAUCUUAUAGCUUUGAGAUACCUUGACUUAGGAGACAAUCGGAUCUCAUCAUUAAGUGUUGGUAUUUUCAGUGGACUCGGUAACUUGACUGCCCUGAAGCUUGACAGAAACGCCAUAUCCAGUCUCCCCCCACGGAUCUUCUCCGACCUGACAUCGCUCUACACAUUGAAUCUUGCGGGAAACAGCUUCGUGGAACUGGACGACAUCUUGCCUGUUCUACCGUCUCAUGUCCCGGACCUCGAUCUCUCCAACAACCAGAUCUCGCAUGUUGACGUUGAUGCCUUCGUGAGAUUUCCCGACCUGCACGGUUUGAACCUGAACGGUAACGGCUUCGGCAACCUCGAGCCUGGAGUCUUCAACGGAGUUCCGAACCUCUUCAGGCUCCGUCUUGAUAGCAACAAGAUGUCUGCCAUUCCUCAAGGGCUGCUCCAAGGUCUUGAUCAGUUGGGUCUGUUGUAUCUGGACAACAACCCUUUGAUGGAGCUGGACAGAAACAUCUUUGUUAACAUCCCCGAGGUUCGGGUUAUUUUCAUCAAUAAUAUAAGCCUUUCCAACAUCGAUGCUGAACUUUUCCGCCCUGUUCCAAAGUUGCGCACUCUUAAACUCGCCUCCAACAGUCUCUCAUCCCUUCCAACUGGGGUAUUCGACAACCUCGCCAACCUGCAGGACUUGGAUCUGCAGGACAACAGGCUACAGAGUCUGAGUAGCGACGUUUUCGCGGACCUUAGCGAAGUUUGGUUGGUCGACCUGAGGAAAAACAACAUCAAAACGCUCCCUUCUGACGUUUUCCGGCAAAUGUCGAAACUGAGUACGCUGCAUUUGGAGGACAAUUUACUAACAGCGAUUCCCGUGGACCUAUUUCAGAACUUGACCGAGCUAACUAGAGUCUAUUUUGACAACAAUAACCUCACCACCAUAGAAGAUGGUACGUUCGAUAACCUGCCAAAUUUGGAAACUUUAGAUCUUACUGGAAACGCGCUGAAGAACAUCUCGUGUGACACGUUCCCGCCUGAGAGAGCCACACCUCCUCCGUACAAUGUCAAGUUUGACUGUGGGCCCGAACUGGACUUCAUGCGCAAAUGUCCCAACUUCUAUUCUCCGCCCUGUAUUCCUACAAGUGACGCCAGGUCAUCCCGGGCCGGCCACGCGUUCUGGUUCAUCGUGACCAUCUGCAUGAUUGGCUUCUACUUUCCUUGAAAUACUUGAAAAUGACAAUCCACGGACAGCUUCGAAAGGUCAGAAACUCUGACACGCCAAAGUGCUGUAUUUAGGCACGUUGGAACGGGGUUCAUCUUGCCACAACGCCACCGUGCGUUGCAGAGUUUAUUACACCCUAAUGAAAGUACAUUGUAGCUGACAGCAAGUUGCAACCGAAACAUCGAAUAUUGUUGCGUGUAAAGAAAAAAAAUAAUUUCACUUCCGAGGUGAAAAUGAACUCAAACGUAUCUAACCAACCCUGCUAUACAGUAUAACCUAAUUCAGUUGAUUUUUUGGCAGCUUGAAUACGUAAUGUACGUGCGCCAUUGUACAGGUCUCCAAUUUAAUGGCGUAUAUCAAGAAUAUUGAGAUUAGUAUGUUGAUUCUAUGCAGCUUGAAAUGAUAUACGGGUGUACAUUUUUUUAUGUAUAUGAAAAUAUAAGAUAGGUAGUUAUAUGUGUGGACUUAAGGAAAAUUAUAUAUGGAUAUGUAGAUAAUGGUGCUAUAGCUAUUUGUUAUAGAGCUCUGUAGACCUAGUGAAGUGCUGUGAUGGUAUGGCAACUGUGCGUGUACAUAUAGGUGAAUAAUUAGUGUAACCUAGUGACAAAACAGUCUUCAGUGUGCGAUUGUGCCAAAUAUCAAUCUUUUUUUUAAAUAUUUGUCUUCAUUUAUCAGUAUGUGGUGGCGUAAACAUUUAUGGAAAGAAAAAUAAAGAAUAUAAACAACGACCUGUCGUUUGAAAUAAAGAUUGUAACAAAA